AUUUAACAUCAAAAUUUUUAAAUGAGAGCCCGCAUAAAAAAAUCUGAGAGCCUGAUAAAUGAACCCCAAAGCGUUGCAAGCCAUCCAGAUCUUGUGUCUGACACUAAAUCUCAAACUGAGUCACUCCUACUGAGGGGCAGAACCCAGAAUUUACAUAAUGAUUCAUACAUCUCCAGCAAUAUCAUGAUGUUACUUCAAGUAUUAGGCAGCUUAUUGCUGUCUUUACUGGCAUUAUACGUUGUAGAGGCCAACCAGAGCUUUCGCCGAGUCUGCUACUACACCAACUGGAGUCAGUACAGAGAAGUACCAGCCAAGUUUCUGCCAGAAAAUAUUGAUCCUCAAUUAUGUACCCACAUCAUUUAUGCAUUCGCUACCCUGGAGGGCAACUACCUUAAACCUUUUGAGUGGAAUGAUGAUUCAACACCAUGGAUGGUUGGAAUGUAUGCAAAAGUGGUUGCUAUGAAGCAGAAGAACCCCAAGUUGGUUGUACUUUUGUCUGUUGGAGGCUGGAAUAUGGGUUCUGCACUGUUCACUCAAAUGGCAUCAACUCCAGAAAACAGAAAGCAGUUCUACACCAAUGCCACAGACUUCCUCAGAACCAGAGGUUUUGAUGGUCUAGAUAUGGACUGGGAAUAUCCAGGUAGCAGGGGCAGUCCACCUGAAGACAAGGAAAAGUUUACCAGUCUGAUGCAGGAAACUAGUGGAUAUUUUACAACAGAAGCAAGAGACUCCAACAAGACACGUUUAUAUUUGACUGCUUCAGUCCCAGCUGGCAAGAAAACUAUUGAUCCAGGUUUUAAUAUCCAAGCUCUUUCCAGUGUUGUAGAUUUCUUCAAUCUGAUGUCAUAUGACUACCAUGGUGGUUCCUUUGACAAAGUGCUUGGUCAUAACUGUCCUCUGUACUCUCUGAGCACCGAAGAAGGAUUAGCAAAAACAUUCAAUAUGAACUGGAGUGCUAACUACUGGGUAGCAAAUGGUUUGCCCAAAGAAAAGUUGAACAUCGGUAUGCCAGUAUAUGGAAGAGGAUUUAAAUUGACUAAUAAAACUUGCAUUACCCCAGGAUGUCCUUCAUCUGGACCUAAUGCAGCUGGCAGAUACACCAGAUUAGAAGGGUUUUUGUCAUACUACGAGAUUUGCCAAUUGAUUAAGAGUGGAGCCCAAACAUAUUGGAUUGAUGAACAGCAGGUGCCAUAUUUAGUCAAGGACGACCAAUGGAUUGGUUAUGAUGAUGCCAAGAGUUUAACAAUCAAAGCUAAAUGGUUGAAGGAUAAUGCAUUUGGUGGCUUUGCAGUAUGGGACAUGGCACUUGACGACUUUGAUAACCAGUGUGGAAAUGGUAGUUACUACUUAAUAAAUACCUUAACACAUGCUCUGCAAUAAAAGGCAGCAAAGCAGACAAUAGCAGAAAUAUUUGGAAAAACUUUUACUCCAAGUUCAAUAUUAUGAAUAUAAAAUGAAACAAAAUA